AUGAAGCUCUUAUCCUUUGUACUGGCCAUAGGCGCCGAUGGAAAGAAGCCAAACAAAUUCGAAGAGCUCGACAGAUCAGGGAAAAUAAUGAUGAAGAAAGCGAUCGCUGAAGGGUUACUCACGUCUAGCACGAUUAAACACUCUUCCGCAGCGGGCCCUAACAUCGGAACCAUUCGAUCAGUUCCAAACUCUUUGAAGAAACAACAGAUCUGCAUGGACAUCCCGACCGUUGCGGAGAUUAGGUCAGCGAAAAAGAGUAACCCGCAAGAAGAGAAGCUGAAAAAACGCAUUACAUUAAAGACAAUUCAAGCAGUCAUGGAUGGAUCUUACGAGGAAUGGAUGCAUCAUCUAACACAGAACGAAUACCCCGUUCCGACUCUCGAUUUGCCUGUCGACUACAGCCACGAGCACUUUGACUAUCUCGACUUGGGAAAAGACAUGAUCGAGAUAGGGACGAAUUCUUUUACACUGGCAAGCAUCGUCCGAAUGCGUCCAGACCCAACUCUUCCAGCAGACUAUACUAACCGGGGCAGCAGAAUUUUAUCGAAGCGUAAUGAUGCGGGCCAAGGAUUUGAACUCGUCGCCCCAUCAUUUUACACUGGUUCGGUUAGCCUAUUUAUGGGCAAUGAUGUCAAAGAGCCCGGCCACCUCGAUUUCGGUCGCUCUCGACUGCCUGACAAUACCUGGCUCUGUAUUGGAACCUCCGUCGACAGAGAUAACUUCGGAGAUGAUAUUGCUCAUAUCGUUCCAUUCGUGAACGGCUUCUCAGAUGGGCCCGGGACAUCCAUAAAAAUGAAUGGCUCUCUUGCUUCAAAUGCUUCGAUGAUCCUCGGAAAUGGACUUGAUGAUUCUGGUCAUUUGAUUCCAGGCAGAAAAGAUCGAACAUUAGACGAAAAACCACGCUUUGGACAGCAAUUCGAGGGCGACAUAAGCUCCAUCUUGUACUGGGAUCGCGCGCUAACUCACAAGGAGCUCCGGAUGAUGUGCCGUCAGAAACUUGCCGCGAUCGGCGUCUCCACCGGUAAAUGUCCCAAGGGAUAUGAACAGUUCGACUGCAGAUGCUACAAAAUCGUCGAUCAGGAGCUGAUGAGCUUCAAGGACGCUGCUAAUUUUUGCAAAGCAGAAGGCGCCAAGCUCGCGCGGCCAAAAACGGAACAACAGCAAGACUUCCUCGAAAUUCUCAUGCAACAGAGCCACAUGGAGACUUUCUGGAUUGGAAUUGACGACAUUGAAAUCGAUGGCUUGCACGUGUGGAGUGAUGGUACCGUACUCGACUAUUCAGGAGGACACUUCAACAGAUACCCAACUGGCGCUCCCGACAAAGUCUACACUUCUGAAGAUUGCGUCGAAGAGAUCAAAUCUCGAAGUGGGUUUUACUGGAACGACGAGAACUGCUUCAAGGCGAACGCUUUCGCCUGCGAACUCGACGAGAUCGUUGACAACUGUGAGCCCUUAGUGACGCCUCCGCCAGAGAUCUUACCGAUUCAAAUGCUGGAUCAACCAUUUUCGGUGCUGAAGAGCGCGGGCAUCCAGCCUGCAUUCCUCAAAAGCGCUGGGAGACGCAAGGGACGGGACACUUCAAACGACUCCAAUUAA